UCUCGACGUGCUAUUGCAUUUUUAAAUAAAUGCUUUGCAUUGAAACGUGUUACUUCCUCUUUUGCGUAAUCUAAUUUUGAGGGAAAACGAUUAUUUUUUUGCUAAACACACACAUCGUCAAUAUAAUUCGAUACUUUCAAAUACAGAAUGAUGACUGCUACAUUCAUCGUCUUCGCACUGCUGUUCGUCGCCUGUUCUUACGCAUCACCUCUUAGAAUGAUGAGCAUGUAUGAUUCUCCCAUACUUGUUGUGCCGCUCGUUGUUCAAGAACUAGAUGAUCCGCAAGUUUUGAUAAAUAAGGAAUCGAUGUACGCAUUAAAUGACGGUUCUAAAGUUGCGAAUAGUAUCGCAACUCCCAACAUUGAAAAACGAAGUAUAGAGGAAGCAAAUGAUGAUGAUAUUGAGACUGCAGCUGGUACCAAUGUUCUUCGUCCUCUCUUCGUGUAUCGGCAACAGGUUGCGUAUCGACAACGUGCCAGGGAUGCUGUCCGACAAGGUAGAGGUAGACGAAUAUAAACAAAAGAACCAAAAGCCGAUUUGGAGAUUUCAACAAUUGCAAUUAAUUGUUAUGUAUCUCAUUUUGGUAUUAUCGGGAGGAUAAUACAUUCGAGAUACUUGAGAACUUUCAUAUAAAGCCUCAAUGGUCCUAAAGAUCUUCAAAGUCCUAAAGAAGGAUUGAAAGAAGAUUGGGCAAGAAAAACUUCAUGAAAUUUAAAUAAAGAUACGCGAAGCUCAAAGAAAAAUGGAUAAAUUAUGGAAAAACUAAGAUGGUUUUCCAUUAAAAUGAUUCGAUUAAACAAAAUACGGACAUCUAUUUUGAAAAAUAGUAAGCUAUGAUACGAACUUUUUUUAAACAAAACUGAUAUCUACAGCUCGCCAGGACUGUAUGAGAUAAAGCUUGCUGCUCGCAGAUAUUUAUAGGUGCGCCGCGAGCAUACAAGAAUAAAAACUCAAGUUUAUAAACAGCGGAGCGGAAGACUCGCUCCAAUAUGAAAAUUUGGGGCGCAAAUAAAACUGUUUUCUUGUCGACGGAGCUUACCGCUGAGAUAAAAAAAAUAUGUGAAGUAUAGAAAAAAAUACAGAGAGUCGGUAACGGAAAGGAAGCUUUUGUAUCGAAAAAUGAGUAAACUUUAAAAUAUCAGCGAAGAGUAUUGAACUUGUUAGUAUAAUUAUGCUAAAAGGUUGUGGACGUUAUUUCGAUGGAGAUUAACGGUACACAUUAACGGGUGUGAACUAAUCUUGCUGAUUCAGAAGAGUCUUUCUUUUAACGAUUAGCGGAACAACAAGAGCAAAAAAUCAAGAAAGCAUUUAGUUAUUUUACGAUCAUAUGAUCUCUUAUAAAAAUCCUAUAGAUUUAAGUCGGAUUAAAAUUAAACAUACAAGAGAGUGAGCUGAUUAAAAUAAUAAACAGAAGAAUUAGAGGAAG